UUUAGAGAAUUGGAGAAUUGAUCAAUAUUACGCAAGCUAUAUUUUCGCAUACUACCUUUUAACAUUGCGGACGAUGGCCGACGAUAUAUCUGAAAGCGAUUUGGUACAGUGGCAGAAUUCAUCGACUGAUGAUUUCGUCAAAUGUCUAAAACGAAUUAAUGAUAGUUUUGAACAAUAUCAUACAUUUAGCAAUGUUGACGUCGAUAGUAGGCGUCGGAUACAGGCCGUUUUCCGCGAGCGUUUUCAAGAAUCGUCGACAAUUCGUCAACAGAUCCUUCGCUUUUUGCGGAUUUUAGCACGAGAUAAGCAAAAUUUGGAUCAGCUACUGUCUUCCGGUUUGGUACAAGAUGUACUUGGUGUUGGUCUCCUGACUGAGCGGCUUUUUGAAUUUGAUUGGGAGUCAUUCAUCCAGGCUGAAAUGUGUCUCAUCAAUAUACUCUUUAACAGUAAACUUGCGAGAGAUGAAUUUAAUGAAAUUGCUUCGGAUCUGCUGCUUAGUCGAAUUAGACUCUUGAGUGAGACUUCAAGAAGUUCUUCUAAACAGCGGAACAAUGAUGACAUUCGGGCUACUGAAAAGGAUAUUGGCAUUUCUGCAAAACCGAAAAUUUUUGAAUCCUUAGUGGAAUUUUUGAAUAAUGAACAAAUAGAUUUGGUUGCUUUUUACGACCUCCGUAUUGCGUUUGUCGCAAGCGCACAAUCUAAAGAUUUGCAGUUGUACUGGUUAAAAGAUGGGUGUGAGGUUUUCUUGAAAAUAUUGGAACAGAGUUUACACUUUCCGGAACGACUGAAACAGAAUUCGCGAUGGAGAAGUUUUGCAGAACAUACGAAUUGGGCGUUAAAAAUCUUAUUUAAUAUAUUUUGCUAUUCACGGGACGAUUCUGUGGAAUCAAAUGCAAAACAAUGCAUGUUAUUAUGCUCAAAAAUUGUCACCUUAGAAAACAUUGACCCAUCUCUUGAGCAAUCCGCGGUAGAUGUAAUUGCAGUAUUUCCACUGUCCUUCGAAUUGCUAACACCGAAAAUACAGCAUACAGAGAAAAAAGACACAAAUGUAAUCCAUGGCGGACGUGACAUGACUUUUGCAAAUGCUGUACUUCAUGCGCUGGAACGACGUCUGGAAGCAGAAAAUAAUGAAAAAAACGAGCUCCUCGGUACCUUUUUAACCGUUUUGAUACGGUUAAGUUCUCAAGUGAAAGAAGCACGCCGUUAUUUACGUUUACUGGUUAUUCCACCACUUCAUGCUACCGAUGUUGAACGACGACCGGAUGACGGUAUUGAAUUGCGUAAUCGUAUGAUUCGUUUGAUGAUGAGCAUUUCGAAUAUUCAGGACUUGGCAGCUGAAUUCAUUUUCAUCUUAUGUAAGAAAAGUGUUAAUCGUUUUGUUAAAUAUUGUGGUUUCGGGCAUGCAGCUGGUUUGUUGGCUAAUCGCGGUAUCCUGAAUGCUCUGAAUACCCCGAAACAUCAUUCGGAUAGUGAGGCUUCAGAAACAGAAGAUUAUAAAGCAGUUGAAACGCAGGUAAAUCCAGUAACUGGUUGCAUUGAUCCUGCUGUAGAAAAUCCGUUUACUGGAAUGACCGAGGAGCAGAAGGAGUACGAGGUGCAUCGGUUGAUGAAUGAUAUUAAUAAGCUUAUGAAUCAAGGACUGAUAACUCCAGGACAGAUUGGGAAAGAUGGACAUUUAGAGCCUGUAAAACAUGUGCUGGAACUUGUCAAAGAUGAUGACACCGAACCUGAUAGAAGUGAUAGCGAAGAUGGUGUUGGAUCUUAACUAUUACUGAACCGAAAUCUAUUCAUUAUAUGCCCAUCUCAUCAAUUACUGAUUAUGUGGGUCAUAAACUUCUAUUGUUGGCUUGCAUCAAAAAACCAAAGAUGGGGUGAAGACGGUGCGAAAG